GUUUGAUUUGAAGUUAGUAAUAAAUAAUUUGAUGACGAUACUCUAGAAUUUGUUAUUUAUGGGUUCGGGUGGCAGCAAAAUUAUUAGUACAGCGAAAAUGGGGAAUCCAGAGGUCCAACAAUUCAUCAAAGCUGCAAUAACCCAAGACAAAGUAGUAAUUUUCUCAAAGUCGUAUUGCCCUUACUGCAAAUUGGCUAAAGAUGUAUUCAACAAGGUUAAACAGCCUUUCAAAGUGUUUGAAUUGGAUCAGCAGGAUGACGGUGAUACUAUCCAAGACAACUUGGCACAAAUAACAGGAUUUAGAACAGUGAGUAAUACAAUUUUUUCAUGAAUCACUCCAUAUUAGUCAUGUUCGUCUAUUAUCAGAAGUGUCUGAACCAGCCACUAAUAGAAUUUUGUCAUAUCUAUGUAAUCUAGUCCUAAUGCAAAUUAUGGCCUCAAUUUUGAUAAGAUUAUACUUACAGGAUGGCAGAGCUUCUAUAGCGCGACUACAUAAAAUAGAUAAUUCUAAAUAGGUUCCACAAGUGUUCAUUAACGGAAACUGCGUUGGCGGUGGUUCAGAUGUGAAAGCAUUGUAUGAUGCUGGAAAACUGGAAUCGAUGUUGAUUGGAUAAGAUAUUAUUACUAUGAUAUAUUAUCAAUACAUGCAAAUGAAAUGUUAUAUAUGCUAUUGCUUCACAAAUUAUUGUAAAUGUGUAUGUAUUUUAUCAAUUAAGUAAACAGCGCUACUUGUGAUUGUAAAUUAUAGUACUUAACCUAUGAAAUUAAAAAAAAAGUAAAAUUGAAGUGUAAUCAUUCAAUCUGUAAGACAUCUUUCUUUAUAAAACUUUUUAGUAUAUUUAGAAAGUAAAGUAAACAUUGUAUAUUUUUUUGUAUUGUGGGCUACCUACAAUGUGGAGAGAUGGUGCUGCCUUGCAGCCUACGAAAUACUAGAAUGAAUUCGACACGGCCGUGAGGGCGGCGGUAGCAUAAUGGUCAGAGCAUCCGCCCGGAUAGCGGAGGUUGCGGCUUCGAGUCC